AUGGCAAAUACUGAACAAGGCGAUGAUUAUAUCCGCAGAUUCGCCGCUUUCAUUCGAUCUCAUGAACAAAGCUUAGCAAGCGCCGGCUUUGUUCCUCGCACACGACACCACUCAACCUCACAAUCAGAGCCUUACAACCUCCUCUCAUGGGUCACGCCCUCUCAACCACAGCGACAUACGAGUCCCGUCGUACUUUCUAUCGACCCUCACCAUCUCUCCUACAUUUUAAUGCGAAUGGAAGCGCUUGGCCUCAACGUAGGUGACAUGGACGUCAAGCUCGAAACACCCCUGAAGCAAAACGCGUACAUGUCCCUCCUCGCAGCGAAGGAUAGGGACGCACAGUCCAUAUUCUCAAUCCGUUCUACCCUCUCCGCCGUCAGCAAGCUCUCCCUCGGUCCUUCAUUAGGCUGGCUUAUGGGGGGCGCUGUUCAACCGCCCAGCCUCGACACCGAGCUCAAGCACAUGUACAGCCUCAUGACGCUCCUACCGGCUCUCUCGUUACACGCCUUCAGUGCACGCAUGAUUACGGAACUUGCGGAAGACCCACCGGUCGACAACGCCCUCCCUCUGGAUGUAUUCAAGAGCCUGCAGAGCUUGGAGAUGACGGACGUAGACCCGCGGGACUACAUCGGAUGGGAUCAACUGAGCAUUGGCCUAAGGAGUUUCACGAUAAGGAGGAGCAGCGUGGAGGACGUGAGCGACGUGCUAGUAGAUGCGGUGGCCAAUGAUAUGGUGAGGAGGAAGGGGGAUCUCAAGACGCCUGUGAAGAAUCGACCUAGAUUGAUUCACCACGCAUCGUCUAUUCGCUCGCAACAUCCAUCCAUUAGCCCCGACGGGCUGCCGCACUCCCCACCUGCCGAAGCGCCUCCUCCCACCCUGCCCGCCUACACUUGGGCAUCUCUGCGGCACCUUGCGUUACCGGAUAACGCCCUCACCUUCUUCCCUUCGGCGCCAACCCCAUACCUCAGCGCGCUGCAAUCGCUCGACCUCUCAUCAAACCUGCUCGUCUCCCUCCCGCCCUGCCUAUCUCAAAUCCCCACCCUCACACACCUCUCCGUCGCUCACAACAUGCUCGACAGCAUCCUAGGGAUUGGUGCCCUCCUACCCGAAGUCCGCAGCCUCAACCUCUCUCACAACCGCCUAGACAGUCUGUGCGGGCUCGAGCGUCUCCCUCGCCUGCGCUUCGCCGACUUGCGCUCCAACGCUCUAGAAGAUUCGGCCGAAGUGGGCCGGCUGUCCCAGUGUAUGGAGAUAGAAGACGUAUGGAUAGAGGACAACAUGUUCUGCCGGACCGAGCCAGACUGGCGCGUCCGGGUGUUCGAGCUUUUCAGGCGGGAGGGCAGGGAGGUC